AUCGCGGCCACCACGUCAUAUCUUGGAUUUCACUUGAGCGCCAUGGCGUCAACUCAUCCUGGCUGUCAUCACUCGUGGUACCAUUCUCUUGCAUACAUUAACUUUGCGGCAAUACUUACAUCGCUAUUCGCCGUAUUGCCAACACAAGCUGAAUUCUUCAACGUUCAUAAAGCUGACCGAGCACUUAUUGUCCUCUCCGCUCCAUCCAUAUGGUUCGUUUCGCUAAAGUGCCACGUUUCAAAGCUAAUAUUUUCAAUUUCGUAUGAUAUUAAUAACAGGGAUGACAAUUAUCACGAUUUGUUCGAAGCAAUUAUCGCAUUUCAAAUCGAAUUUGCAAAAACAAUACACGAACACGAUAAUGUGGUAAUCCUUGCGGAUAAACAUACUUUGCCAUAUUUGGAUGGAAGAAGUCCAUCUGUAAAGGCCCGAUUACCAUUAGAUGCAUUAAUUCAAGCUUCUGUUUAUGAUAUCAACAUUCGAGACUUUGCUCCAUUUGGCGUCCGCCAACUUGUUAAAUUUUCAUACAGGUCACCUAACUUGGCAACAAUUGUAGCUCGACAAAUUGAUGAAAGUAUCAAGCGGUUUAUUGACAAUUACAAAAUACGCGUUGAUAAGAAAGAAUUAGACCUGGUACUGUCCGCACAACAUGUAGUUGAUAACGGUGUAAACAAAGCUAUUAUUGAUAAAAAAGUAUUAGACGAAAAUCAAGGAAAACUGCCAGAAUGGGCUAUUAUGAUCAAACUUUUCAACGCUUUUAGAAAAGUGAUCAUUGUCGAUAAUCCGAUGAAUGCCACUGAAUUACGACUGGAUGACGUAAUGUCAUUUAUAGAUGAUCAGAUAUUAGUCAUUCCAAUGCUGGACAAGGAUACAAGAGCAUAUUUGGAUGCAGAAUUAUUCAAGAAAUUUCGGGAUGAAGUUAUGCUGAUCGAUUUACCAGCAUAUCUGAAUGAAGACAGAAAGGGAAACUGUGGCAUGUACACUGCCAUACUAGCAACUGAUAAAUACGUAUAUGUGCCAGUAUUUGGAAAUGAUCCAGAUAAUUGGAAACGAGGGCAUUCAACCAUGAUGGAUAAAAUUAUUAUACAUAUGAUUGAGGUAAACACACGAAAAACUGUCGUACCCGUAAAUGUACCACGAGUGAUUUGUGAACGUGGAAUAUCUUUACGUUCAUUGACUUGGACAUUACGAGGUAACGUUGCGGAUCACGUAAUUCAAAUAGCCCGUGGUACACCAGCUAAGAUGUUUGCUUGA